CGCACUCGCGCCCACUAAAAAAUGAAUUCCCGUUUCCCGCACUGUGGGCCGCACGCUCGUCGUUACCGCCGUGUGUCGCUAUUUUCGCGGCGAUAUUCGGACCGCGCCCGGGCCGCGACUGUUUGCGGGGUGUGGUCUUGUGUUGCUGUGCUGUGCCAAAGCCGAUGCGGUGAGUUGUGCGGAGAAUGCACCCCGUGAGGCCCGUAGGGCUCCGGCCGGUGCGUUCGGGCUGCUAGCGGCCGCGGCAUGGCGCGCCGCGCCGCCCGCGCCCGCGCCUUCUCACUCGAACCAUGAGCGACCUGCAGGCCACCUUCGAGUUCUCCGUGGAACUUUACAAGUUCUACAAUGUCGAUCUCUUUCAAAGAGGACUAUACCAAGUACGCGUGGGAUUACGCGUGUCACCUAAGGUGCCGGUACACAUCGAGGCGACAGUGUCGAGCGGCAAUGGCGCCGCAAGGACUGGCAGGCCUGCUGCUAAUGCAUCUCUCAUCGGAGGCCUCGCUGCUUCUCGAGCCUUUCAGAUUAUGUAUAGAAAUGAAGAGGUCACACUGAGAGACAUCGUACAUUUUAGAGCUCAUCUACUAGUUGAUAGCCGUAACCUAAAGGAGUCUCUAGAAAGGGCGGAAUGGAGUCUCGGUGUCGAGCUAUGGUGCAGCGAGGGCGCACAAUCGAGUACCCUAUCGCCUGUAUCCUGUCGCGUCCUGAAGCUGCAUUUUCAACCUUCCCAAGGCUUGCACUACCACCUACCAGUGCUGUUCGACUACUUCCACCUAUCUGCUGUCUCCGUUACUAUCCACGCCAGCUUAGUAGCCUUACAUCAGCCUUACAUCAAGAAAAGCAUCAUGCAUUACGUACAGAGCUGCACGCCCCGUUCUAGCAAACAAUGGGGGAAAUUGAUGAAAAGUGCGGGAUCCAACUUUAACGCUUCGGGAAGCUUAGAGAACAUUCUUUUCGGGUCGAGCGGGAAGUGUGCCGGUGGAAACUCUAGUAAAAUAGCGCAUGCCAGACAAGUUCACGCCGAGGUUUGUGGUAUUCUGCUUGGAUCCCUUGAAGGCUUGCAGAGCGCAUUAAACGUUUGUGGUUCAACCGGUGUGUUACUGACUCCUGAAGAAUCGUCGUCAAAUUCCAUUGUCGGUGAAGUUGCGCAAAAAAUAAAAGACUUAAGUGAUUUAAGCAAGAAAUCUGAAGCCGGAGAAGAAGAAGAAUGGGCCAUGGGAGCGGCUCAUGACAUCGCAAGACUCUGCGCAGAGGUGACGCUCAGAUGGCGCGCUUUCUUGCAUCACACCUCCGACCGCCCGCACGUGCACCACGCCCUAGCCGCGAGACAUCACGCAUUAAGAAUCAAACGAUUCUCAGAAUGCUUCUUCGUGCUAGACAAUCCUCGGCAUUCGCUUGCUGGUUGCUAUGACAGCAACUAUCAGUCGUAUCAAAGUGUGGGAGAGGCGGUUAGACGGUCACGCUACCUCGCGUUACUGCCUCCGCUUCCGGUACACUGUAUAGCGCUUGAUGGAGACCCACAUAUCAUGCCCAUCAUAUUUGAAGACAGAUAUCAAGACACCGCUGAAUUUGCUAGAAGACGUUCAUUUUUGAAUUCUAGCGCGAACAAGUCUGGUAGUGAUCCCUUCCUAUGUUCGGAAGCAACUGGAGAAGACUGUGCUUGUAGUAUUAGUUCAAUGAUGGACUCUAGAAGACCUUCGUCAGAAGCUUCUAGAGUAACCCUUACAUUACCUAAAACGAUCAUAGAUGUGCUUGAGCCUCAAUUCAAUAGUCCUAAAGCAAGUACAAGUGUAGUGCAAGCGACGUUAACUUUAGCCCCUCAGAAGUCUGCCCGAGGUUCACCAAAGCGAACUUUGGUGAAACAAAACGUUGUGGAAAUGAGCAAACCGCAUAACAAGCAAUUAGAAUUAACAGGAAGAAACAGGUAUAUUGUACAGAAUAACCAAAUAAGUGAAAUUCAAUUACCGCCUAAUAACGUUUUUGCUUCAUGCUCGAUUCAACAAGGCCAACAAAUGUCUAGAUACUCAGCUUCAACAUUAUUGGAUAUAAAUGCUACAAAAAGCAAUGUAAAUGUUUCCCAACUCGGCAAAGAUAAAUCAGAUACAGAUCAAGUUUUUGUUCAAAAGCAUGAAAUCACAAGUGGUGUCAGCACCUUACCAGCAAGACAUAGCAAAUCUCUAGACCAAUUAAGAGUUUCUCAAAUGGCGCCUUUAAGUGUACAACCAUUAACAAAGAAUAUUAAAAAUAAUUCUAAUGUAUCAGUUAAUUAUCAAAAGACAUACAAAUCGCCGCAACCUAUUAAACCCACCACUCUACCAAGAAGUGUUACAACCACAUCUUACCCUACUAACACGACGACGCGCUGUGGCUCUAAAGGUGAUGACUACAGGAGAAAUAUAAAUGAAUUUAGAGAAAAAUAUAAAAAUCCUUGCAACUCAAAUGUUCACGGAAAUAAUGAUGUAUUUCAUGAAGUAGGAUUUAAGUACGACGCUAAAAAUAAAGGAAAUGCUAACCAAAUAUAUGGUUACGCUUUCGGUAAUCAGGGUAAUAUGCAAGCGAAUAAUGUUAUUCGUAAUCCAUUAGAAUUUCAAAGAGGUUAUAGUGUAAAUUUGCCCCGUCCUAUGUUGCCUCCUCGUAAUUCUUAUCCACCAGUUAGUGGAAAGACACAAGCGACUGAUCAAAGUAACUUAGUUUCUAAUAAACACGUUCAUAGAUCUAACUCUACACAUGUUUUUCAACAAAAUAUGAAUGAUAGCCAACAGAUGGAUAUUGAAGCAACACGUAAUCAAUUAAGACACGAGCUGAACUAUUAUCUACAGAAAGGUGACUGGAGUUAUGACUUUAAUACUGGCAGUCUGAUACAAAAUUACCAGAAGAAAUCUAGCAAGAGUAGCGAUGAUAGUGGCUUCGUAAUGACUUUAGAUAGAAGUAGCGAUGGAACAUCCAAGUCGACAUACUCAAAAACACCUCCAUCGACACCUCAUUCUAGUUUGCCUUCCGUUAGGUAUAAGAAGAGUCGAUCUAAAGAGUCCAAACUUAACUCGAGUGGUAAAGAAAGCACUAAAAUGAAUUCAAGUCGAGAUUCAUUAAGCAGCCAUCACUCAAUUAAAUCAAGGGAUAGUAAGUCUGAUCGACAGACACCAAAAUCCGACCGAAGCACACCAAAAUCGGAAAGAAGUACGCCAAAGUCAGGGACUCCAAAGUCCGGUGGUAAAGGGACUCCAAGGUCUGGUUGUAUAACUCCAAGGUCUGGGUUAGCAACUCCAAAAUCAGGCAGAGCUACUCCUAAAUCAGGAGGUGCGACGCCUAAAAGUGGAAGGUCUAGUGGCAAACCAGAAAAGCGUUCGAAGCAUAAAGCUUCGGAAAAAAUGUCUCAGCUUAUGUCAGAAGCUGCAUCUUCUUCUAGUAACGAAAGCAUACCGUUCGAACUUAAACGAUUAGAAUCAUCAUCAAGCGUCCCCUAUAGUUUGGAUCAUGGAUCGGAAUUAAGACAUUGUAGAAGUGCUGCAUCUAUUAUAGAGGAGCAUAAUCUCAAUACUACAUUCGGUUCUGAAUCACUACCAAAUUUAGCCCCACCACCAGCUUUUGAAUCGCCUCCUUUAGAUAUUACUGAUAAAGAUUUUAAAAUUUUGCCACCUGAUAGUUUUCUUAACAAAGAAGAUAAACGAAGUAGAAGUUCUACGUCAAGUUUGAGUGAACAAAGUGGCUGGGUUUCAAGUGGCAGAAGUUCAGGUCCUUCUUCGCCAGAUAACGGUAGUUGUCAAUUGAAUCAAAAUUAUCCCCCUGCGAGUAGCGCUCCUGUUUCGAAAGAUAAAAAAUAUGAGGAUACUAAUGAAACAAGAAAGAAACAGGGUGACAAAAUAAGUGAUUUCAAAAGAACCAUUCUUAACGGUGAGCAGCUGCGUGAGCGUUUACUUAAACUUGCAGUAAAAGCUGUUCAAAGUAAUUCAACUGAAAAGAUUGAAUGCUGUGAUAAAGAAGUUUGUGAAGAAUGUACAAUAUGUAGUGAUUCUAUUUGUACAGACAGCCAAUGUGAAUAUAAUAAAAUGAUGCACAAUGAUGGAAUUGAUGCCGGCUGCAAUUCAGAUACAUGUACAGCAAGUUGCUAUCAACAAUAUUCUGAUUCUAAUGUGGGUAAAAUAAAUCAAAGGCACAAUUCAUUCAGUGCUAUUCAGGGAAAUACGUAUAGUUCCAUAAUUAAAAAUAACAAUGAAGGAACUGUUAAAAAAUCUCAAACAGUCGGCGAUAACUUACACCCUUAUAUUCGAAAAGAAAUAGCAACGAAGGUUGAAAAGCCUGCACAACCCACUACUUCUGAUAAAACUAAGAAACUAAGAGAUAGGAUAGAAUACACGGAAAAAUUAAUAGCUGCGGAAAUACUAAGUCUGACAGUAGAUCGCUCUUGUAAAAGCCAUAAAACAAGCGGCGGUCCCGCCAUAGCUGCUCAAAAAUACCACGGAAAAGCAAAAUCGGAAAUAAACUUAAGCCAUUUCAGUGGUGAGAAUUAUUACGAACACUUGCCACCUCCACAACAGUUCAGAGAUGUUCCACCACCACCAGAUCAAUUUAAGGAUCCGCCGUCAAAGUCUCCGCUGCAGAGCCGACAAAAUAGUAAAUCUUCAACACCCUCAAAAAUUAGAAAAACUGAACAACCUACUACACUUCAACUAGACAAUCCUCUAUAUCAUGUUUGUGAAGGAAUUUUAGAAAGGCGAAAGUUAAGACCCCAUCAAUCCAUGAAUGCCUCUACCACACCCUCGGUUAGUACACUGAAUAAAAGUCAGAGCACUGGUGAAUUAGCUAGCAGAAAUGAAAAUGGUAAAGAGCAACGUCAAAACAAUUUUAUUAGUAUAUUUGGGUUAGCGGAAUCGGAACGGCUCUUUGUAAAAUGCAGGGAAGAGUUUCGACAAAGUGUCAAGUAUCCAGGAGCAAUAUAUUCUGAUUUUCCUCCUGUUGAAAACUCUUUGCCCUACUUCCAUAUUAGCGAUGAAUAUAGAAUGUUUAAUCCGGAAGGUUUACAUCUCAUUAUAUGCGUUCAUGGAUUGGAUGGUAACGCCGCAGAUUUACGAUUAGUCAAAACAUACUUAGAAUUAGGCUUACCAGGAGCUCGGUUAGAUUUUCUCAUGUCGGAAAGAAAUCAAGGUGAUACUUUUUCGGACUUUGACACUAUGACGGACAGGUUGAUCCAAGAAAUUAUGACGCAUAUACAAAAUUCAAGCGACCCAGCCAGGAUAAGUUUCGUGGGGCAUUCCCUGGGCACCAUCAUUAUAAGAUCAGCAUUAGCGAGGCCACAGAUGAAACCAUUCUUGGGGAAAUUGCACACUUUCCUCUCGCUUAGUGGUCCGCAUUUAGGGACACUGUAUAAUUCUAGCGGGCUUGUUAAUGCAGGCAUGUGGUUCAUGCAGAAGUGGAAGAAGUCCGGCUCUUUGCUCCAGCUUUCGCUCCGUGAUGCUUCUGAUCCUAGGCGGUCUUUUCUAUACCGUCUGAGUGAGCGGAGUCAAUUGCAUCAGUUCAAACAUAUUUUGCUCUGUGGUUCAGGGCAGGAUAGAUACGUACCAUUGCACUCAGCGAGGCUAGAACUUUGUAAAGCUGCCGCCAAAGACACGUCAUUACUGGGGCAGGCUUACAGAGAAAUGGUACAUAACAUGGUGUCUCCGCUAGCAGCUCGUGCAUCGUCUGUGUCCGUAGUGCGCUAUGACGUACAACACGCUCUCCCGCACACAGCGAGCGCACUAGUGGGUCGGGCGGCGCACAUCGCCGCAUUGGAUUCUGAUCUCUUCAUAGAAAAAUUCCUCCUGGUCUCUGCCCUCAAAUAUUUUCGAUGAAGAUCAUAAAUUGAAAUUACCAUAGACAUGAACAUGUGCUAAUAAAAUCUGAAUUCCUUCGUAAAAUACCAAUAUGGUACAUUCUCUUAAAAUAUGGCGUUGGUUGUACAAUUAGCUUUUUUAAUAACACAGGAAAAAACUAAUAUUGCAAUGAAAAAAGAACGAUUACAUUAUUUUAAAGUUUGUUUUAAUCGGUUUUAUGAUAAUAGAUACAUAGGUUUGACAACCCUUUGAUCUUAUUUUCGGUUGAAUAUUUGAAAAAAAGUUUUUAAUACAUCCUUUUUUAGUAAAGCAACCAGCGUAAAUUUUUUUUCGCACUAUUCUUGUCUUUUCAUAAAAGUUCCUCUGCCACGAUACUUCCCAUGAAUCACAGUACGAAUUCCGCUGCAAUCAAUUAAGAUUUAAUUUAACUUCUAAAAAUGAUAUUAAUAGUUACAAAUGUGGACUAAUCACAUAAAUUUAUAAAUUUUAGGAAUUCAUUGCUUGACUCCUAAUCAAACGGAAUCACAUAAAUCAUACUAUUCAGGCAUACGCAUUUCACAAGCAUUUAUUUAAAAAAAAAAUAAGAAACAUUUCACACACUUUAAAUUUCAAAGCUCAGCACGUUUUCAAAAGUUCGUACUUACAUAAUAUAAUCUGCUAAAAUCACGAUAUUUUAACUUGCACGUUAACUUAUACUAUCUACAUGUAUUUAUGAUAAAUCGAAUUGAUAUCCUGUUUUAAAACGCUUAUGUACUCGUAUGAUUACUUGUAAUUGGUAAAAGUGUGAUAUGAGAGUUCAUGCUGUAACAGCGACUUAUAAACUAUACAGAAAAAAAGCAAAUUAAAUUAUUAUACUAGGUUAAGACGGAUCUUUACACCAAAUAAUUAAGACUUUCGAUUUAGCAAAUGUAGAUAAAGUAGAUGUUAUUUGUAUUAGAAAUUUACUGAUUGUUGUAUAUGAACACUGAACAGUGCUAUGUGUGCUUCUGGAAUGCUAAGCCCGCGAAAUUGUUUCAGUUUUGCUGUUUUAUUAUUAAUUAUGCUUACGAAAUAAUGGUAAUUUUUACUCGUACCUAAUUUCCAUACCGUUUCGAUAUACAAACAUUUUUUAUUUUAGAUAGAAUGAUUACCUAAUAAUUGUUCCUACAUUAAUUUAUGAAGAUGAGGAUUACUAAACCUCUUUUCCAAAAACAUUGAUUGAUAAAUUUGUUUUCUUUAGCUAAAAUUAUAUUAUAUAUUUAAAUACGGUUUCACAAAAGAAAACUUAGUUGCUUAUAUGUUAUAGCUUUGCACAAAUAGACACUGGUUUGUAUCAGUGUGAAUUAAGUUAACACGAAAGGAUUUUUUGGAAUUUUACACACUUUUAUAAAUCAUUUUUUUUUAUCUAUUAAGCUAAUUUAACUUGAAUUAUGAAUUAAGAAAAUGAUCUGGCAGGGCCUUAUUACAAUAUAAGGACAGGCCAUAGCCUUAAAUCAGAUUAGUAUAAAGGUGUAAAUUAUCGAAUGUUAGACUGAUCUUUAAAAAUAUAUUGUAUUGAUAAGUUUAAUAGAUUAUCUUUUGUUAUUUUUAGAAAUCAUGAUUUGAUAAAACUUUUUAACAUCUUGCUCUGUCCACUUUUUUCUAUUUAUUAAUCUGUAGGUAACAUUUUAUACAGGGGCUUAGAAAUUCUAGUCUUGAAUAUGAUUUUAAAUUUGUUGUAGGUUUGUACGACAACAACAUAAUCAGAAUAACUGAAUAAAUCUUAUAUAAAUAAGUUACUUAUGUUAUAUUAGUAUAAAUAAUAUUUAUAAUGUUUAUUCCAUAAAUUUCAUUGAUUUUUUGAAUGUGUUGUUGUUGCACAUAAAUCGAUAGUUUAUUAUAUAGUAAUACCUCAAUAUUGCUCAGGGGCAUGCUUAAAAUAAUUUAAUCAUCUAAUGUGUAGAUUUAUCAGAAUGAGAGGAAAUUUUGUAAAUAGAAAACAUAAUUUUAUUUGUAAAAUACAUUCGUAUGUUGAAUGGCGAUGUGUCGAUGUUAUACAAUUACAUUAAAAUAAAUAAAUGACGCUAAAACCUCA